AUGACUCACUUGCUUUGGCUGUACUGCUUCGUGUUUCUUUUGCCCACAGAGUCUUGCAGGAUGUUAUGCCAGGUUGCCAACAAAAGCAAGGAGAAGAUCUCUGCCAGGCCACAUGGUGUAUGUGAUGGUGUCUGUGUAGACAAUUCCCACUGCAGCCAACCUUGCCCUCCUGACACUCAGGGGAAUACGGGAUUUUUAUGCAGGCAAAAGAAAUGGCACAAGAUCACUGAAACCUGCCGGACUCUUAAUGCCUUCAACAUCUUUGAGACAAAUUCAUAUUCGGUUCAACCAUUUGGAGGAAAUACAAUAGUAAAAGAGUAUGCCAGAAAGUCUGAGACCAUCACAGACAUGCUGAUGCAAAAGUGUCCGGAGGAUUUGUCCUGUGUACUCAGAAACAUUCGGCAGUCUCCCCGGAUCCCGGGAAACAUCGCUGUCAUCGUGCAGCUCCUACACAACAUAUCCACGGUGCUAUUGACAGGUGUUGAUGAGGCGAAGAUGCAGAGUUACAGCAUCAUGGCCAACCACAUUCUUAACAGCAAAAGCAUCUCAAACUGGACCUUCAUCCCUGAAAGAAACAGCAGCUGUGUCUUGCUACACUCGGUCAAUUCCUUUGCAAGAAAGCUAUUUAUAAAUAAGUAUCCCAUUGACAUAUCAGACGUCUUCAUUCAUACUACGGGCACCACCAUAUCCCGAGACAACGCUGGGAAGAAUUUCACUUUUUCAAUGAGAAUUAACGACAUGGGCAGUGAGGUCACUGGGCGGGUGCUGAUCGGUAGAGAUGAACUUCAGAAGGUGCCUGCUCCUUCCCAGGCCAUCAGCAUUGCAUUUCCGACUCUUGGGGCCAUCCUAGAAGCCAGUCUUUUGGAGAAUGUCACCGUCAAUGGGCUCGUCUUGUCUGUCAUUUUGCCCAAGGAACUUAAAAGAAUCUCACUGAUUUUUGAAAAGAUCAGCAAGUCGGAGGAGAGGAGGACACAGUGUGUUGGCUGGCACUCCCUGGAGAGCAGAUGGGACCAGCAGGCCUGUCAAAUAAUUCAAGAAAACUCCCAGCAAGCUGUUUGCAAAUGUAGGCCAAGCAAGUUGUUUACCUCCUUCUCCAUUCUUAUGUCACCCCACAACUUGGAGAGCCCGAUCCUGAUUCAUAUCACGUACAUAGGCCUGGGCAUCUCGAUUUGCAGCUUGAUCCUUUGCUUGAUCAUCGAGGCCUUGGUCUGGGGCCAAGUGACGAAGACAGAGAUCUCGUACUUACGCCACGUGUGCAUCACCAACAUCGCGGCCACCUUGCUGAUGGCUGACGUGUGGUUCAUUGUGGCUUCCUAUCUUAGUGGUCCCGUGACACACCACAAUGGAUGUGUGGCAGCAACAUUUUUUGUUCAUUUCUUUUACCUUUCUGUGUUUUUCUGGAUGCUUGCCAAGGCACUCCUUAUCCUGUAUGGAAUCCUGAUUGUUUUCCAUACACUGCCCAAAUCAGUCCUGGUGGCCGCUCUCUUUUCAGUUGGCUACGGGUGCCCUUUGCUCAUUGCUGCUGUCACAGUUGCUGCCACUGAGCCCAGCAAAGGCUACCUACGACCUGAGGCCUGCUGGCUCAACUGGGACAUGACCAAGGCCCUCCUGGCCUUCGUGGUCCCAGCCCUCGCCAUCGUGGUCGUAAACCUGGUCACAGUCACACUGGUGAUUGUCAAGACCCAGCGCGCCACCGUUGGCAGUUCCAUGUUCCAAGAGGUGAGAGCCAUUGUGAGAAUCAGUAAGAAUAUCGCCAUCCUGACACCGCUGCUGGGACUGACCUGGGGAUUCGGGAUAGCCACCGUCAUCGAUGACAGCAACCUGGCCUUCCACAUUAUCUUCUCCUUGCUCAAUGCAUUCCAGGGCUUCUUCAUCUUGGUGUUUGGAACAAUCCUGGAUCCCAAGAUAAGAGAAGCUUUAAAGAGUCGAGUAACUUCUGCAAAAUGGGUCUCCAGAAUAUCUGAGUGUGAAAAGAUCAAGGAAUUAUCAUAA